CUCCUUUCUACAUAGACCAUCUUUGUGUUAUAACAGGUAGGCAUCGUGUUCUGUCCCCCAAGGACGUCGCGCUCGCUAAACUUUAACUCAAGAGGUCGACUUAAGGGAUUCAUUGACAGUCUGCAGCUGGCAGCAUCUCCCCAGGAGCUGGAGUACGGAGACAGAGGAAGUGCAGACGGAUUAAAGUUGGAGCAGUGACAGGAAUGAAGACGUACCGGACAGAACAAUGACAAUGACAAUGAGACGAUAAAGUUGGCAAGAUAAGACACGCUCUGACUCAUCAUGGCUGGCACUCCUGCCUCUGAUAUGGAGCAAGAAGAAGCUGCAGUUGCUCGGGAGGAUGCGGGCUCACCGCUGAUGUACAGGAUAGAGCGUCCCGUCUAUGAUGAAGCUAUCAUCCGGUCACAGCUUCUCCACCGUAAAGAAGACUCCUCCACCCUCCGACAGAGGCUGGCACAGAAGUUCCAGUGCUCAUCUAAGAAGGCCAAGGCGGCAGCUUUGAGCUUUCUGCCUAUUCUGACAUGGCUGCCAUCCUAUCCGGUCAAGCAGUACCUGUUUUCGGACGUGGUCUCAGGUCUCAGCACAGGAGUCGUGCAACUCCCUCAAGGGCUAGCCUAUGCUAUGCUGGCUGCUGUGCCUCCAGUUUAUGGUCUAUACUCCUCAUUCUACCCGGUCCUGCUCUACACCUUCUUUGGCACAUCCAGACACAUAUCAGUCGGCACCUUUGCAGUGAUAAGUCUGAUGAUCGGCGGUGUUGCAGUGAGGGAGGCCCCUGACUCCAUGUUUUAUGUCGUGCCUGCCAACGGAUCCAACACAUCUGCCGUCCUGGAUGUGGAAGCUCGUGAUGCCCGGAGGGUGCAGGUGGCCGUUGUGCUCACAACCCUAGUGGGAAUCAUCCAGAUUGUUUUUGGUCUUCUCAGGUUUGGCUUUGUGGCGAUCUACCUCACAGAGCCCCUGGUGCGAGGUUUCACUACAGCAGCAGCGGUGCACGUCGUUGUCUCUCAGCUCAAAUACCUGCUGGGGGUGAAAACACAGCGCUUCAGUGGGCCCCUCUCUGCUAUUUAUAGCGUCAAGGCAGUACUCAUGGACAUCACCAGCACAAAUGUCUCCACUCUCAUCCUGGGUCUGGUGUGCCUCGUCUUCCUGUACGUGAUCAAAGACCUCAACGAGCGAUUCAAGAAGAAACUUCCCAUUCCCAUUCCUGGAGAGAUUAUCGUGGUCAUCGUGUCAACCAGCGUCUCGUAUGGCCUGUCCUUAUCAGAGGAUUACAAAGUGGACGUGGUUGGGAAGAUACCAACGGGGCUUCUCCCUCCUUCAGUCCCAGAGUUCUCUCUGUUACCCAGUUUGGUCACAGACUCCUUCGCUGUAGCAAUUGUCGGAUUCUCAAUGGGCAUCUCACUUGCCAAGAUCUUUGCCCUGAAGCAUGGCUACAGCGUGGAUGGCAACCAGGAGCUGAUUGCCAUCGGCCUGUGUAACUUCAUCAGCUCUUUCUUCCAAACUUUCGCCAUCACCUGCUCCAUGUCAAGGAGCCUGGUGCAGGAGAGCACUGGUGGAAAAACACAGAUUGCAGGGCUGCUGGCGUCUCUCAUGGUGCUGCUGGUGGUGGUAGCCAUUGGUUUUGUCUUCCAGCCGCUCCCUCAGACUGCACUGGCUGCAAUCAUCAUGGUGAAUCUGUUGGGGAUGUUCAAACAGUUCAGAGACAUUCCUGCUCUGUGGAGGACGAGCAAGAUCGAACUGGUCAUCUGGCUGGUGGCCUUCGUAGCGUCAGUGCUGUUGGGGCUUGAUUAUGGCCUCCUGGUGGCCCUUGCAUUUGCCAUAAUAACCGUCAUCUACAGAACACAGAGUCCCAAAAGUGCCAUCCUGGGUGUUGUCCCCGGCACAGGGCUGUACUGUGAUGUGGACGAUUAUGAAGAGGCAGCUGAAUAUGAGGGGAUUAAGAUUUUCCACUCCAACUCUUCCAUCUACUUUGCUAACAGUGACCUUUAUGUGAACGCCCUCAAGGAGAAGACAGGAGUAAACCCUGCAGACAUACAAGCUGACCGGAAAGCCCAAAAAAAGCAGAGGGAGAAGGCAAACGGCAACCAUGACCCUCCACUAAAGAUGUGUUCCACGUCGCAGGGAGUAACCCAUGAGGUUUUGUCCUAUAACCUCGUGGCGGAGCAGAGGAACGGCCAGCUGGGCGACGCACACAGCCAGUCAGACUCAGAGGGCACUGUCUUCCUCCAACCUGUGUACCCUGUCCACUCCAUCAUCCUGGACUGGACAUCUGCCAGCUUCAUUGAUUCUGUAGGAGCCAAAGCCAUCAAACAGGUCAUCAAGGAAUACGCAGCAGUGGACGUUCAAGUGGUCAUAGCCGGCUGCAGCAGGACCCUCCUGUCUGAGCUGGACACCUUACAGUUUUUCACCGGGGUCGUGACCCCAGAGAUGGUGUUCCCCACUGUGCACGACGCUGUCCUGAGAUGUCAACACUCAAAUCCCCGCCCACCAGCCGCUCUAACCAACGGAACAACCUGACGGGUAGAUGAUGCCUGUAACCGAGGACAAAUGACAGCAGCGAGAUCCUGACUUGGACAGCAGAUCUGGGAGGUGCUGCACACACCUGUAGGAAUGAUGAACUGUGGAUGUUUUAGCGUCACUGUAGGGAUGAGAGGAACAUUAAAUAGAGGAGUGUUUGUAGCACACGUGGACGCUUUUCCGAGGGCCAUUUAAUAAGACUUAACUGACAUUCCUCAAGCCUUAUUCCUCCACAUCCUCUCUCCAGAGGAUCGUUUAGAAUUGCACUUUUGACACUUUUUGUAGUUUAAUGUUUCACUGCUCUGCUGGGAGAAGUACGUUUAAAAGUGGUGUUACCUUGGAAACAGACCAGAAGCUGCCUCUCAUCGUCAUCAUGCUGGUAUCAGAUGUUUUUGGUUACAGAGAACUUGUGUCCUGAUGAAUUUGUGUACUCUAUUUUCAGCUGUAUUUCUGUGUACUUGUGUAUUUAAACCAAAAGAAACAUUAUUGGUCAAAUAGCAGUAUCACGUUUGUUGUUACAGUACCUUUCAGCAUACCAAGUGUCGUACUAUUUAAAGAAAAGCUGUAGCUGUGCCGUUACUGUCUCACACAGGAUGCCUUCAAAGUUACUGUUCUGUUAUUUUAAAAAAAUUUUAAAAAUCACUGAGAGUCAAAAUUUGGAAUAAACUUU